AUGGCAGUGAAAGCGGCAACAGCUUUCUUUUUUAUGUUGUUUUUCUUGAGCACAGCAUGCCAAGCAAAACUCUCCUCUACAUUUUACGACAAGUCUUGUCCUAAUGCACAGAGGACUAUCAGAACUGCCAUCGGAACUGCAAUAGCGAGAGAGCGGAGAAUGGCAGCGUCUCUCAUUCGUCUACACUUUCAUGAUUGCUUUGUGCAGGGUUGCGAUGCCUCAAUUUUAUUAGACGAGACUUCCUCUAUCCAGAGUGAAAAGACUGCACCACCCAAUGAUAACUCUGUUAGAGGUUAUGAAGUCAUAGAUAAAGCAAAAGCUGAAGUAGAGAAGAUAUGUCCUGGAGUAGUAUCUUGUGCAGACAUCAUUGCGGUUGCAGCAAGAGAUGCAUCUGCUUAUGUUGGUGGUCCAUCUUGGGCAGUGAAGCUUGGAAGAAGAGAUUCGAAAACUGCAAGUCCAACAUUAGCAAUCACAGAACUACCUGCUUUCUUUGAAAGCCUGGACAGUCUUCUUUCUCGCUUCCAAAAGAAAGGCCUUAGUGCAAGGGACAUGGUUGCUUUGUCAGGUUCGCAUACUCUAGGACAAGCUCAAUGCUUUACAUUCCGUGACAGGAUAUACAAUGACAGCAAUAUUGAUGCUGGAUUCGCUAGCACUCGCAAGAGGCGUUGUCCACGUGUUGGUGGUCAAGCAAAUUUGGCUGCACUUGAUUUGUGUGCAUAUGCAUAA